GACAUGAAUUCCGUAGAUAUUGUUAUCUGAUCAAAAUCAAACUUGGCCUCUUAUUAUUAAAUUUACCGCACUACGUAUAGUAUUCUGUAAAGCAAAUCUCAAUACUCAAAAUUCCAAAACAUUGAAUUAAUUAAUAUGUUUGCUAAAAAUUUUUCAUCACUUAAAAGCUCAAUAACAUCUUUUGAUUUAAAAUUCACUAGUUUAUUUAAUCAAAGACAAGUUGAUAAGCUUCAAAAAUGUCAUGAACAAUCCUGUUGUAAUUUUAGCCUAAGCCAGAGACAUCUUCAAACCUCAGAGGAGCUCAUUAUGGAAGAAUAUGGAGAACCUCAGCUCGUCGUUAAGAAAAGAUCUGUGGAACUGCCUUCUCUCAAGCCUGGAGAGAUUCUUGUCCGUGUGUUGGCGAGCCCCAUCAACCCAUCAGACAUCAACACCAUCCAGGGCAUGUAUGCUGUCAAGCCUGACCUGCCUUGCAUUCUGGGCAAUGAAGCUGUUGCUGAAGUCAUUCAAGUUGAAUCUCCUUCUGGUUCUCUUGAAGUUGGGAACUGGGUCAUCCCAAGCUACAAUGCUUGGGGAACAUGGAGAAGUCAUGCCAUUGCUGAGUCUUCAGAUUUUAUAAAGCUACCAUCAGGAAUGGAUCGCGCUGCUGCUGCUACACUCGCAGUUAAUCCUACAACAGCCUACAGGAUGCUCAGAGACUUUGUUGACCUCAAGCCUGGUGACACGAUCAUCCAAAAUGCUGCCAACUCAGCUGUUGGUCGCAAUGUUAUCCAAUUGUGCUCCCACUAUGGCUACAAGUCCAUCAACGUUGUCAGAGACCGGCCAACAAUUGCUGAACUGAAGAAAGAGCUCACAGACUUGGGCGCGGACGUUGUGGUGACGGAGCGGGAGUUGAGAACUGACCGCAAGAUCCGACAAAUGGACAAGCCAGCGCUUGCCCUGAACUGCGUGUCUGGCAAGAGCGCCACGGAACUGUUGCGCCACGUGCAGGAUGGCGGGGUGCUGGUCACCUACGGGGGUAUGGCGAGACAGCCUGUGACGGUGCCCGUGGGUAGCCUGAUCUUCAACGACGUGCGGCUGAGAGGAUAUUGGCAGACGCGGUGGAAUCUCAACCCAGACAACCAGAGCGCCAGACAGGAGAUGCUCAACGACCUGUGCGAGCUUUUCAAGCAGGGCAAGCUGACUCCCCCGCCGUACAAGUUCGUCCACUUCAGCGACUACCAGACGGCCCUCAAGGACGCCAUGCCGGCGGAGGGACAGGUGGGCGCCAAGCAAAUUCUGGUCUUCGACUAGCGCCUCACUUGGCGUCCUCGCAUCAACCCUUCGUUCAGGGUUACAUGAACGGUCGCCAGCGCUGUACUACAUGAACGCCCUGCAACUUGAGUUCCCGUUGGUAGACGCAGGGUUAACCUUUGUCUACUGACGUUUGGAUCAACCUUUUGUCUACUGACGGUUGGAUUAAUGACGGUAGAAUUAACCUUUGUCUAAAGGAAUAAAUAUGUAAUAUUUUGAUAGUUUUUUGUUUUGGUAGAAAAAGUUGAGCAUCUUGGUUACACAUAGUUUUAACUAUAAAAUUAUUCGAUUAUUAGUUAUAUGUUUGCUAGGAAAAGUCGUGGUGGAUUUUGCAUGGUCAAGCAACCUAUUUUUCUCUCAGACUCUGUUUCUGUUGUUCUUCACACAAUUCGUCUCUGUUUCUGUUGUUCUUCAACUAAUUCGUCUCUGUUUCUGUUGUUCUUCACCCAAUUCGGCUCUGUUUCUGUUGUUCUUCACAUAAAUCAUCUCGUUUCUGUUGUUCGUCACCUAAUUCGUCUCUGGUCCUAUUGUUCUUCACAUAAAUCUUCUCUGUUUCUGUUGUUCUUAACAUAAUUCGUGUCUGUUUCUGUUGUUCUUCGACUAAUUCGUCUCUGUUUCUGUUGUUCUUAACAUAAUUCGUCUCUGUUUCUGUUGAUAUUCACAUAAAUCUUCUCUAUUUCUGUUAUUCUUCACAUAAUUCGUCUCUGUUUCUGUUGUUCUUCGCAUAAUUCGUCUUUGUUUCUGUUCUUCCUAUAAUUCGUCUCUGUUUCUGUUGCUCUUCACAUAAUUUGUCUCUGUUUCUGUUCUUCACCUAAUUCGUCUCUGUUUCUGUUGUUCUUCACAUAAAUCUUCUCUGUUUCUGUUGUUCUUAACAUAAUUCGUAUCUGUUUCUCUUGUUCUUCGCAUAAUUUGUCGCUGUUUCUGUUGUUCUUCAACUAAUUCGUCUCUGUUUCUGUUGUUCUUCAUCUAAGUCGUCUCUGUUUCUGUUGUUCUUAACAUAAUUCGUGUCUGUUUCUGUUGUUCUUUGCAUAAUUCGUCUCUGUUUCUGUUGUUCUU